CACACGCCCAUGUUCUUCUUCCUGCUCAACCUGGCCCUCAGCGACCUGGGCUCCAUCUGCACCACUGUCCCCAAAGCCAUGCACAAUUCCCUCUGGGACACCAGGAACAUCUCCUACACAGGAUGUGUUGCACAGGUUUUUCUGAUUUUCUUCUUUCUUGGAUCAGAGUAUUUUCUCCUGACCAUCAUGUGCUACGACCGCUACGUGUCCAUCUGCAAACCCCUGCACUACGGGACCCUCCUGAGCAGCAGAGCUUGUGCCCACAUGGCAGCAGCUGCCUGGGCCAGUGGUUUUCUCUAUUCACUGCUGCACACAGCCAAUACAUUUUCCCUGCCCCUGUGCCAUGGCAAUGCCCUGAGCCAGUUCUUCUGUGAAAUCCCACAGAUCCUCAAGCUCUCCUGCUCAAAUUCCAGCCUCAGGGAACUGGGGCUCAUCACAGUUAGUGGCUGCUUGCUGUUUGUUUGUUUUUUGUUCAUUGUUUUCUCCUAUGUGCAGAUCUUCAGGGCCGUGCUGAGGAUCCCCUCUGAGCAGGGACGGCACAAAGCCUUUUCCACCUGCCUCCCUCACCUGGCUGUGGUCUCCCUGUUCCUCAGCACUGGCACAAUUGCUCACCUGAAGUCCCCCUCCAUGUCCUCCCCAUCUCUGGAUGUGGCCCUGUCAGUUCUGUACUCGGUGGUGCCUCCGGCCCUGACCCCCCUCAUCUACAGCCUGAGGAACCAGGAGCUCAAGAUCAUCAGUGUAGAUAUUGAGGUCCACGCUGGCUGGCUCUGA